AUGAAACUAAACGCAUAUUUGUCGGGUUUUGGCAAUGAAUUUGUCAGUGAAGACGAAAGGUGUCCGAACUCUCUGCCUAAAGGACAGCUGUCGCCACAAGUCUGUCCGUACGGCUUAUAUGCGGAACAAUUGUCCGGAACUGCAUUCACAGCUCCCAGGGAUCAAAAUAAGCGGACUUGGCUCUAUCGGAUCCGACCAUCAGUUAUUCACAGCCCAUUCAAACCAUACUCCGGGAGUAAUCUGACAUCAAAUUGGGAUCAAAUAGAGCCGACACCCAAUCAGUUACGUUGGAAUCCAUUUAAAUUACCGGAAAAUAGUGUAGACUUUGUCGACGGAUUGAACACCAUAUGCGGCGCCGGAGAUCCCAGGGCUCGCAACGGCAUCGCUGUUCACAUUUACGCCAUCAACGCUUCAAUGAAUGACAAAUGUUUUUACAACUCUGACGGAGACUUUCUGAUUGUCCCGCAAAUCGGGAAUCUCUUGAUUACUACAGAAUUCGGACGAAUGCAAGUGAAACCCAACGAAAUAUGUGUUGUCCAACAGGGCAUGAAGUUCUCGGUGGACGUCGAGCAGCCCUCCAGGGGUUAUGUCCUGGAAGUGUACGACAAUCACUUUGUUUUGCCAAAUUUAGGUCCCAUCGGAGCCAAUGGUUUGGCGAAUCCCAGAGACUUCUUGACGCCCACCGCUCACUACGAGGACAGACUCGGCGACUAUAAAGUGAUCAAUAAGUUUAUGGGAAAGUUAUUUGCGGCACAACAGCCGCACAGCCCUUACGACGUGGUCUCGUGGACCGGAAACUAUGUGCCCUAUAAAUACGAUUUGUCCACUUUUAUGGUCAUUAACUCAGUCUCUUUCGAUCACGCGGAUCCAUCCAUCUUCACAGUCCUGACGUGUCCGUCGGACAAACCGGGCGUUGCGAUCGCCGACUUUGUAAUAUUCCCGCCGCGUUGGGGAGUGUCUGACCACACGUUCCGACCGCCGUAUUAUCAUCGAAACUGUAUGAGUGAAUUCAUGGGUCUUAUUCACGGCACGUAUGAGGCAAAGGAGGGUGGCUUUAGACCCGGCGGAGCCAGUCUUCACUCUAUGAUGACACCACACGGACCGGACUUCCAGUGCUUCCAGAAGGCGACCAAUGAUGAGCUUAAACCACAGCGAGUGGCCGACGGGACUAUGGCAUUUAUGUUUGAGAGUUCCCUGAGUUUAGUGACCACUGAAUGGGGUUUGAGAUCAUGUCAAACGUUGGAUGAAAAUUACUAUAAGUGUUGGUCUGAUCUGAAGAGUAAUUUCAACGCCGGAAUCAAACAAAAAUGAUUGCAAAACAAUUAAUAUUCACGUCUAUUAUUAUGACAGCAAUGGAUAAAGCAAUUUAUAAAUCGCAACAACACUUUCAGUAUAUAAUAAAGUUGAAUAUUUUUACAAUUUAUACCAAUUUUUACGCAACGAUGAC